GCAUUCAGUACCAAUCUACCUCUGUUGCAGGGCACCAUUAACCCUGCCUUCAAGGUAGUGGAUCUACAGACAUCAUUCAAUCAACAGUUGACAGAUGGAUUGAUUCCAGAUGGUGUAGAGCAUCUGAGGAUUGGAUAUGCAUUCAACCAACAACUAGUUCAUGGUGCACUUCCAUCAACACUCAUCUCUUUAAGGUUCGGGGAAUCAUUCAAUCAGUUGCUGGAGCCAUCGGUAUUGCCUCAAUCACUUGAACAACUGUACUUUGGUGGAUUCUACAACAAACCAAUUGGUACUGGUGUACUGCCUGAGCGACUUUGUCUACUCUCCUUGGGAAAGUACUACAAUCAGAUGAUUGAACGUGAUGUACUACCUCACCACCUAGCCGAGAUCAUCUUCUCAUCCUUCUUUAACCAACCACUUCAACCCGAUACUUUGCCGACAUCACUUGAACGUAUGAUACUUGGAGCACAGUUUAAUCAACGCCUCGCACCCAACGUACUCCCUCAAUCGCUGACAUACCUCGAGUUCCAGAAAGGCCGAUGCAAAUACUCUUGGCAGUUUGAAGUUGGUGUGCUUCCAAUGGGUCUAACUACACUGAUACUAAGCGCAACCUAUAUGCAUCCACUCACACUAGAUGUCCUCCCCAUUGGGCUCAAACAUCUGACCCUAAGUGAAUUGUAUAAAAGACCGUUGGAGCCAUAUCAACUACCAUUAUCUCUCGAGACACUCACAUUUGGUUUAGAGUAUAACAUUAGGAUUCCACCUGGUGCCUUGCCACUUGGACUGAACACACUCAUUCUAAGUGCACGCAACACUAUGGACAUACAAGCCGAUGUACUACCUGCGUCCCUCACCCACUUGUUCAUGGGACAACAUUAUACAGGCACAAUUGCACCAUUCAUACUGCCACCUGGUCUAAGACAUCUCACUCUUGGGCAAUAUUACAAUGAGCCAUUCAAGAAGAAUGUAUUGCCAGAGAGUCUAAACACAUUGGAGCUGGGUCACUAUAGCAGUUCAUAUCAACAGCAUCUGACAUGCUUGCCUAGUACACUGGAGUAUAUAUCUAUACCAUGGUCAUAUCGACAGAAGUUAUUAGGUACAUUCUUACAAGUGACAUUGUUAAAUUCUGUUGAACCUUUACAUACUACACUUUUACAAGAACUGCAGUCCAACACAAAGUCAAUCAAGAUUACAAUUCCAAACUUUGAUAUUGUGACUGUUCGUCUGUUGGAUCAUACACAUGGAUUAUUCCUAUCCAAAGGUCUAGUGAAUGGA